AUUUGCUUUAAAUCUUUAAAUCUUUCUCACAACUAUUUCACGCUGUGUCCUAGAUAACACUAUUGAUUCAGUAUUCAUAGAAGAUAUAGUGAAUUUUGAAUUCCAAAAGAAGUGAAUCUUUCAUAGACUAAAUAUUUAGCACAAUAUUUCUCAAAAUUAAAUUUGAAUGCUUUACUUAAAUACGCUGCAAUAACGUAUUUCGAGGCCUGGGCACAAGUACUCAAGUCUAAGAAUAGCACAAUAGCUAUUUCGGAGUUGGGGGACCAUUUUAACCAUUUUCAGCUUAUCAAAAUUGUAUUGGUUUAUCAAGUUUUGUUGUUGUAUAGUUAAGGGUAAGGACUUGGAACAAGUAUCCCUUUCUAAAAAUAGCACAAGGGGUAUUUUGGCGGUAGGGGACCACUCUACCCAUCUUUAGUCUGUAAAAUUGUGUUGGUUUACCAAAUUUCCUGUGUGUAUAGCUAACAAGAAUGAAUUUACCACUGCAACGUCUUUUUAGUACUGGGUACAAGUACCCCUUUCUAAAAAAAAGCAAAAUGGGACCUUUUCAAGAAGGGGUCUAUAUUCUGUCCUGUUAUGCAUACUAAAUUGUGUAUUUUCACAAAGUUCCAUGCUUUCACCACAAUCUUCACGAUUGUUACUUGUCUUGAUUGCUACCUGUCUUGAUAAUUAUCAACCUUACUGGAUGCCUCUUCUCAUAUAUUUGGUGGGAACCGUGAAGGCAUGUAUAAACCUGUACUGAGCAUUGUUUUUUUUUUAAUUUAUUUCAGUUGCAGAAUUUCCUCUGCAAUGAAUCAGUUAUUGAAGUAAAACUGGAUUCAUUAUCGGCAAAGAAAUACAUUGUGAGUUUUUGCUUAUUUAGCGUGAUUUUUAUUCAUUUUCCUUUGUUUGCAAGAUUUUAUAUUUUUUCAAUUAAGGAACACUUGGUAAAAAGUGAUUUGCUAAAUGAACAAAAGUGCGUAAAUUAUUAUCAAGCCAGUUCGUUAAAUCCUCUCGAAGUACUCCCGGCUUAUUUGAAACUCUCUAUGUAUACAUUCAAAAUCAGCCACUAAAGAUGUUCUAAAAUGUGUGCCUUCCGUUUAUUUGGAUGGUACCGAUUGACUUCGACAUCAUCCAUGAAAUAUUAACAAACCUCUUUUUGAAAACGAGAUAAUGGCGGCAAAUCUUGAAGAAGGAAGGACGACAAGAGGAGGAAAACACAUUAAAUUUACUCUUUGCAUGGCGGAUCUAUUAAUCAGACGAACGAAGAUUGGAAUUUGUUGUGUAUUUUUAGAACAAUGGCUGUAAUAUCUCCUGUUGCAUUUUAUAAAACAUCAAACAGUGCCAAAGUUUGUGAUGAGACAUCGCGGAAAGUUGAGUUAGGAUUCUAUCAAAAACUAAGAGAAGUUCAAAAUCGAGCAAAGCUUUACAAAGAUCGCCCUCUUGUGUCAUUAGAGAAGAAAAGUUUUUUUACUUCGCACAAAGUUUUUGAAACUUUUGGCACACUGAAUCAAGCUGUGGAUUUCUGCUUACAUUGUAGAGAAAAGAUCAAUAAGGACGUGAGACUAUUUUCUCAAGAAAAAUCAGACGAUGGAAAACGGAACUUUCUUGUUUCAGAUCCUAACGAGUUUUGGAGUAGAUAUAAAACACUGAGCGACGAUCGAAGGAAUUUCUAUGAAGUUAUUGAGGAUGGAAGACCUUGUCGUUUGUAUUUCGACUUGGAAUUUUACAAAGACCCAAACCCUGAUUUGAUCGGAAUUGAAGUUUUGGAAAUAUUCAUUAAAACUAUUUGUUUUUACCUCCAGGAGCUGUUCUCCAUUUCUUGCUACAGAGGAAAUAUCAUUGACCUUGACUCUACUACUGACAAAAAGUUUUCAAGACAUCUCAUUUUCCAUUUGCCCAGUGCAGUCUUUUUGAGCAAUAUCUCAUGUGGAAAUUUUAUCAAAUAUGUUUAUGAAAUGACAAGACGAAAAGUCAUAGAGAGAGGAAAUGAAAUGUUUAGUGAGCUGAAAUUGAUGAUGAUCACAGAGAAGGAAAUAUUACCACCCCUUGCACUGGAGGUUGACAAGCUUUUUGUCAAUAAUAAAGAUGGCAAUAAAACAUAUUUCUGUGACCUUGGUGUUUAUUCAAAGAACAGAAACUUUCGAUUGUAUGGAUCAACAAAGUUUGGAAAGAAAUCAAAUUUGGUCAUUGCCAAGGAAAAUGGCUUUCAUGGAGUUUCAAAGAAAACUGCAAAAGUCAACAAGGCCAUGAUUGACCAUGAGUAUGUCUUCUUUUUGGACACUUUGGUGUGCCCGCCAGAGAUUGUUGAUCACAAUACACAAGUUCUUACCUUUGGAGAAACAGAGGCAUUACCUGGUCACAAAAGUGAUUACAACAGAACAGGAAUGGCUAUCAAAACUGAAGAGGGGUACAAAGAAUCACCAUUUCCAAAGCUUGAUGCAUUUAUACUGAAUAAUGUUAAACAGGGAGGAAUUCAGGGGAUAAUAAGGAAAUGGGUGCAUUUUGUCAACUCAAACUUGAUGAUUUACGAUAUUGGUAGAAACAGAUGGUGCCACAAUGUAAAAAGAGCUCAUAAAAGCAAUCACAUAUAUUAUGUUGUUGAUAUGAAGUAUGGUGUGUUUUAUCAGAAAUGUCAUGACCCAGAGUGUCAGGAUUUUAAAUCUGCUGAAAUGACACUGCCUACUGAGGUGAACCCUGCAUGUAAUGACAGUGAAUAUUUCAUUGAUGAAUUUGAAGACAGUUCUCAGUUACUUUAUGAAGCAGCAGAAGUGGCUGAAUGUGAACAGUCCUUCAAUGCAUUUGAUGAUGGGACUGGAUUCUUUUGUGAUGAUUUCCAGAUUUCAGAAAGUGAAGCUGAAAAAUUAACUGACCUUUCAAACUGGGGAUCUUGCAGGAAAGUUGAAGAAAGGGAUUUUCAGACUGACAACAUUAUUUUGACUGAUAACAGAAUGUUAUUUAAAGAUGGAAAUGAGAGUCUGAGAGUUCCAAUGUGUGUUGAAGAUUGUGGUAAAGCUGAUGACCAGUUUGGAAGAUGCAUUGAAGGGUCUGGAGCCAAAACACCCUUAUCCUGUGAGCUCUUAAACAUGGAAGACGAUUUUGAUAGGAAUGAAGGGAGUUUCGGUGCUUUUGCAGAAUUCUAUAGAAGUAAAGAAUAUGGAGCUACUGUUCAUUCUUCAGCACACGGGGAAGAAAUUGAAAUGGGGGAUUUCAAGCAACCCUUAAAUUACAUAGAAUCUAACAUAAAGGCAGAUGGAAGCCAAAUUAAUUCAUGCUUUUUAGAUUUGACUGGUCAAAUACAAAGAAAGGAAAGAAACUCUGACAUGAAACAAAUAAAACAUUGUGGGUUUGCUGUGGAAAGUACUCCAUUAACUUGUAAAAAGAAUUGUCUUGAUGACUCAAUUCUCAGAUGCGAUUUUUCUGAUAUUUGUCUUGAUGAUGGAUUGGACGAUGAGUUGAUGAAUUUCAGCUGAAUUUUACGUAAAUCUUGUAGAAGAUUUGAUUUUGAAAUUGUUUUUGUCUUUUUUGUUGGUAAUUUUUUUUGUUUUAUUUUUCGCUGUAAUUUUUGACAUAUAAUGUAGCGUAUACUAUAAUUAGGUCCAUAUGUAACCAGAAUCAGAAAAAGCUCUUUAUCUUUUGCUUGACAAGAAUACUGUGUGCGUUUCAUUGGAACGCUUCUCUUGUGAACAUACCAUUGGCCUAUUUAGGCGUCUCUUCAACAACCAUUUGCAAUCAAGGUUUGCCAUGUCACUGUUUUCAUCUAUUGCUUGUGUCCCAUCCACAUCCAGAGAUAAUUGCGAUAUAAUUGCGUAGUGAUUUCUCCUAGCCAUUUUAUUACUGUCAAAGUCAGCCAAUGUUUUAUCGUUAUAGUAAGGAAAGCUCAGGCAUGGUGUAUUACGAAUAGCCCAGCUUUGAGAUUUGUUUUGGUUUAAACACGGUUCGGAUGUUUAAUUUCGAACAAUUUACAGAAGAAAAAGUAGGAAAAACUCAGGCAUGGUGCAUUACGACUGGCCCAGCUUUGAGAUUUGUUUUGGUUUAAACACGAUUCUGAUGUUUAAUUACGAACAAUUCACAGAAGAAAAAGUAGGAAAAACUCAGGCAUGGUGCAUCGCGAAUGGCCCAGCUUUGAGAUUUGUUUUGGUUUAAACACGAUUCGGAUAUAUAAUUACAAUUUACAGAAGAAAAGUAGUCUUCAAAGUGCUGCGGGGUAUUAUCUUUCUAUCUAAAGACAUACUAGCGACGAGUAUAGGGACUAUUGCGCAAACAUCAGAGCGAAAGCUUGCUGUGUUAUGAACAUUUAAUGUUGCCUCAUAGAGAGCAAAGGGCAUUUGCAUAACAACAUGUUUAAAUCUAGCAGUAAGAGUUGAAAUUAUUUGCUAAAAUUGCUUCACAGGAUCUUCUUUAAGUUUAUUGAAUAUGGUAAGCCAUAGGUUUGGAAUUAAAAUAUUUAAGGAGACGUUGUGUAUUGUUACAUGUAUAAAGAAAUCCUUAAUCUGAAAUAUCCUAAAGAAAUAUAUUGAUUUUCUCUAAGGUUAAGCGAGAGAGUUGCUGGCACUUACACAGAGAUUCUGACUGGCCAUUGUAAAGAUGCUGAAUGUGACGCCUUUGAAGUUGGAGCUUUCAGUCUCCAACGUGAUUGAAGAACGACCCAAUUCCUUUGCUCAAGGACCUUCGCUAAUGCCUUUAUUAAAAAGCACAAAGCUAUGAUGGUAGUCGCACGAGUUGCUUUCCUGGACGUGUCUGAGACAAUCAACUCUGCCCGUGCCUGUGGCUGUAAUUUGGGAUUCAAGAGGGGCUCCAGCCACGACAAACACGUGCGAUCGAACUGAAAACGACUUUAAAGCUUGCCAACGUUUUAUUUGGGACAUUUUUGGUACUUAUGUCUAUAACAAAAACUGUAGAAAACUGUGUAAACUUCUAAGUUAUAUAGCUUGUAUUUUUAAUGAAUCUCUUCAGUAAUUUUCUUCGUCGUUAUUGAACGAUCGCUCGAGGAAUAUGUUUACUUGUGAAAAAUGCAGCUGUUCUUACACCCCCGUUGGCUUGGAGGUAAAUCCCUUUCCGUGACAAACUUAAAUGUUUCUUUUUUAUGCAGUUUUGUUUCCCGCCAAGAACAAUUUAUUGAUAAUGUCUACUUGUAAAGGAAUUUAGUUUGAAACUCUCCCGUCGGCUUGUCUAGAACCCCCUUCCCCACGUUUGAUUCCUUAGUUGCAUCUCUUUUUACGUUACUCCGCGUUCUUAAUUAUCUUUGAUACAUCGCAAGUUUUUAUUGUAUCUGCACUUACAUAUUAGCAAAUUGACGAAUUUUAGUUCACCCUUUAUUUUAAGUGCAUUCUCCAUUGAAAUCGAUUCAAUUUACCCCUAACUUUCAUUGUGUUCUUGAGUUAAAUCUAUUGAAUUUACCCCCGAUUUUUCAUUGUAUUUUCGAUUUUAAUCUAUUCAAUUUACCCCCGUUUUCCAUUGUAUUUUCGAUUUAAAUCUAUUCAAUUUACCCCCGUUUUC